AUGCCUGGUGCAGCUCCUUCUCAGCCGUCCUGCCAACCUGCUGCCGCCCGCUGCCCGCGCUGCCCCGGAGGAGCCGCAGCUCAGCCCCACGCCGGGACCCCGGAGCAGGGGAGCCCCCGCCGUUCCCCCCGCUGCACCGAGGGGCCCCCGCCGCGGGGCUGCCGCCGCGCACGGAGCAAGGUGGGCUGCGAGGAGCUCGUGGGGCCGCCGGUGCCCCGGUACCGGGGCUGCCCCGGGCGCUGCGGGCAGAGCAUGGCCCCAGCCCUCCCACUGCUGCUACUGCUCUGGCUGUUUGUCCCCACCGUGGUCUCAGAGGUGUUUGGCCCUGGAGAUGGCACAGAGGACCUCAAGGCUCUGCAGGUCUCCAUCCCACGCCACCCAGCCCUGGAUGCCGUGCUGGCAGGAGACAUCACCAUCCCCUGCCUCAUCACUUACCUUGGCCCCAAGCCCACCGCUGGCACCGGUGGCCGCCGGGCAGUCCUGGGAACCCCCCGGGUCAAGUGGACCUUCAUCUCUGAGGGCAGGGAGGUGGAGAUCUUGGUAGCUCGGGGGGACAGGGUGAAGGUGAGCGAGGACUAUCGGCUGCGCGCCUCCCUGCCCAUCUUCCACCAGCGCUACACCAACGCCUCCCUGCUGCUCACCGAGCUGCGCCCCAACGACUCGGGCAUCUACCGCUGUGACGUGCAGCACGGCAUCGAGGACGGCCACGACAUCCUCCACGUCAAAGUCAAAGGGGUGGUGUUUCACUACCGGGAGGGCUCCAUGCGCUACGCCUACACCUUUGCCGAGGCGCAGGAAGCUUGUGCCCGGAUCGGCGCCAGCAUCGCCACCCCCGAGCAGCUCUACGCUGCCUACCUGGGGGGCUAUGAGCAGUGUGACGCCGGCUGGAUCGCCGACCAGACCGUCAGGUACCCCAUCCAGACUCCCCGUGAGGCCUGUUAUGGAGACAUGAAUGGCUUCCCUGGGGUGAGGAACUACGGAGUGGUGGACCCAGAGGACAUGUACGAUGUGUACUGCUACGCUGAGGACCUCCCAGGGGAGAUCUUUUUGGAGACGGCCCCGGAGAGGUUCACUCUGGAGGAGGCGGCGCAGCGCUGCCGGGCGCUGGGCGCGGAGCUGGCGAGCCCGGGCCAGCUGUACGCAGCCUGGAACGCGGGGCUGGACGCCUGCAGCCCCGGCUGGCUGGCCGACGGCAGCGUCCGCUACCCCAUCGUCACCCCCCGGGAGCGCUGCGGUGGGGCUCUGCCGGGAGUCAAAACCAUCUUCCUGUUCCGCAACCAGACGGGAUUCCCCGAUGCCCAGAGCAGAUACGAUGCGUACUGCUUCCGAGAAGGGACAAACUCUUUCCCUGAGGCUGCAGGAAAAUACCAAGCCCAAGAGCCCGAGGAGAAUCUCCUCCAGGAGAUUGUCACAGUGGCAGAAAAGCUGGAGGAGCUGCAGCUGCCCAGAGCGCAAGUGGAGAUUGAGUCGCGAGGGGCUAUUUACGCCGUCCCUUUCUUUGAGGACACUGAUCUGGGAAAGCCAAGCCAGUCCCCUGAAGAUGAACUGGGGCCAGGGGCCUGGCACCCCCCACUAGCUACCUCUGUGUCCUCAGGUCACCCCACCUCUGCAUCCCCUUUCCCCACAGCCCUGGCCAUCCCCGAGGCAGGUGUUAGCUGUGGUGCUAAGCUGGGGAGCCCAUCCCCUGCAGAGGAGAGUGGGGGGACAGGGACACAAGACCGGCAGCGCUGGCAGGCCAUGCCGGUGCCCGCAGCCCCGUGGUCUGGCUGGCUCCCGGCGCCGGCCUCUCACUGCCUUUCUGCCUUGCCCUUUGCAGAGGAGGAGCAGGGAGCAGCGCCGGGCAGGGGCUCCGGCAGCACAUCGGCGGAGAGCCCGGGCGGAGGGCGAGACCCCAGCCAGCCCACGGAGCCAGAGGGACCCACCGGUGCCCCAGCAGGUGACACGGAGCCUCCUGAGGGCUUUUCUCGGCCGCCCAGCCCCGUCGCCCCUACACAGAGCCCCGACCGUCCGCGGGACGCCUUGGGGCGGCCGGCCCACCCUGCCAGCCCUGGGGCACCUGGGCACCGUAUGACAUCGCCAACCGGUGCCGCUUCUGCCACCUCGACAGAGAGCCGAGAACCUGGCGGGAUUCCCCGCCGCGGGCACAAGUCCGGCGGGGCCAGCACCCCCCUUUCUGCCGCUGAAGACGCCGAGCUCUCCGGAGACGUGGUCGAAAGCCUCGGGGCGUCCCCGCUGCCUCCUGCGCCCCCGCAGACGCAGGAGGAGGGAGAGGAGCAGUCGGGAGCCGUGUGGCUCCCCUCGCCCGCGGUCCCUGGGGACGGGAGCACUGUCCCCGCAGUGACACCGUGGCACGCAGAGCUGCCCGGCACCAGCAGCGCACCGGCCCUGGGAGGAGAGGAGGCUGCUCCGCCACCGCCGGGCGCUGACCGCGGGAUGCCUGCUGCAGCUUCCGAGGAAGAGGAGGAGGAAGAAGAAGAGCAACCUGCUCCCUCCAUUGCAACCGUGGAGGGUUUCCUUGAAGCCGUUCCUGGAGAAGCAGGUGGCUGUGUCCCCAACCCCUGCUUGAACGGAGGGACCUGCGUGGAGGAUGGCGCCCACCUCACCUGCCUGUGCCUGCCUGGCUACGGAGGCAGCAGCUGUGAAAGACCACUGAGGAGGUGCAGCCCUGGCUGGGACAGCUUCCAGGGAGCCUGCUACAAGCACUUCUCCACUCGGAGGAGCUGGGAGGAUGCAGAGACCCAGUGCAGGCACUAUGGGGGGCACCUGGCCACCAUCCUGACCCCCGAAGAGCAGGACUUCAUCAACGACCAGUACAGGGAAUACCAGUGGAUCGGCUUGAACGACCGCACCAUCGAGGGGGAUUUCCAGUGGUCUGACGGGAGCCCCUUGCUCUACGAGAACUGGCACCCCGGGCAGCCCGACAGCUACUUCCUCUCCGGGGAGAACUGCGUGGUCAUCGUGUGGCACGAUGGGGGCCAGUGGAGCGACGUGCCCUGCAACUACCACCUCUCCUACACCUGCAAAAUGGGGCUGGUGCAGUGCGGGCCCCCCCCCGCUCUCAGCAACGCCCGCGCCUUUGGCAAACCAAAGCAGCGCUACGAGAUCGGCUCCACCGCGCGGUACCGGUGCCGGCACGGCUUCGCCCCGCGCCGCUCGCCCAUCAUCCGCUGCCGGGAGGAUGGCACAUGGGAGCUGCCCCAGCUGGCUUGUCGACCUAGUGAGUGA